UAGGGGCAGGGGGCUGAAGGAGCCACGAGCAGAGGGGCAGGGGGUGGCAGAAGGAGUAAGAGUGUGACAAAGGGACUGAGGGGACAAAGGAGACCCCCUGGGGGCAUGGGGGCACGGCAGGAGGCCAUAAGUGCCACCAGGUCCGUGACACCUCCCCUGUCCGCUCCACAUCUGUCCCCAGCCCUGCUGCAGCCACAGGUCGCUGUGGUGGCCAUCGUGGGCGAGCUGCUGGCCACCCUGCCCAGGCGGGCUGAGAUGAUGCUGCUGCCUGUGUCCCCAUUGCGCCUGUACUCAGAACUGGAGAAAUUCACCCGGGAGCUCCGGUCCACCCUGUACAGCAUUGAUGACACCUGGUGGCGCCGCAAUGUCACCACCGAUGAGGAUGACCCUCCCACCUCCCUAAGCCAGGCCCUGGCCACCUACAAGAGUGCCCCAAGGAACACCGAGAACCCUGUGGCAAUGGCAGCCAGCGAGUGGCAGUCAAUGGCGAUUCACCUUGAGGUCAGUUGGGAGAGUCUGGCCAGGAGGGCCACCUGGCUCCGCAACACCUGCAGAGAGGUGGUCACUGAGGCAGCCAAUAUGGUGCCCACGGCCACCACCUGGGCCAGGGAGCUGCAGCACAAGGCUGCCUGUGAUGGGACAGCUCAGGAAAACGUGGUGGAGCUGGGUCAGGCCCUGGGCAGGGAGGAGGGGGCGGAGGUGGUGGCCGGGUUUGAAGCGCCGGUGAGGAGAGAUGCCAGGGUGGCUGUCAGCUGGGCAGCCAGGGCCAGCAUGGUGAGACAGCGGGUGGAGGUGACCCUGGGGCUGCUGGAGCGCUUGGCGGCCGCGUGUGAUGCAGCCACUGCCUUCCCCCGGGAGCUGCAGCGCCUGCUCGAGGGCAUCAGGGCUGCCCUGGAGGGGACAAAUGAAGCAUCCCCCGACAUCCCUGAGGACUUGGUGGCCAAGGUGGCUAUGGCCAAGCGGAUGUGGGAGGCCAACGCCCGCCUGGUCAAGGAUCACCUGGUGGGGACAGUUCCAGACACCAUCAAGUUCUUGUUCAAUGGUGACCCCGCCAGCCUCAGUGCCUGUGAGGUGGCCGAGCGGUGCCAAAGAGCCACUGAGGACAUCCCAAGGCUCCUUCAACCCCUGGAGAGUCCCCAGAGCAUCCCCAAGGUGUCACCAGUGAUCAUGGAGCUCCAAGAGCUGUCCCCAGCCCUGCUGCAGCCACAGGUCACCGUGGUGGCCAUCCUGGGCGAGCUACUGGCCACCCUGCCCAGUCGAGCUGAGAUGAUGCUCCUGUCCGCAGUGAACCUGUACAGGGACCUGGUGAAAUUCACCAGGGACCUUCGGACCACGCUCUACAGCAUUGAUGACACCUGGUGGCACUACAUUGUCACCUCCGAUGAUGAUGACCCUCCCACCUCCCUGAGCCAGGCCCUGGCCACCUACAAGAGCACCCCAGGGACCACCCAGAAGCAUGUGACAAUGGCAGCCAGCCACUGGGAGCAGCCAGUGUCUGUGCUUGAGAAUGGCUGGGCCCGGCUGGCCAGCGCAGCCACCGAGCUCCACAAUGCCUGCAGGGAGGUGGUCAAUGAGGCGGCUGCUGAGGCAGCCACCGCCACUGCCCGGGCCAGGGAGCUGCAGGACAAGGCUGCCCGUUAUGGGACAGCUCAGGAAAACAUGGUGGAGUGGGGUCUGGCGCUGCGCGGGGAGGAGGGAGCUGAGGUGCUGGCCAGGUAUGAAGCCCAGGUGAGGAGAGAUGCCAGGGUGGCUGUCAGUGAGGCAACCAGAGCCACCAUGGAGAGACAGUGGGUUGAGGUGGCCCUGGGGCUGCUGGAGCGCUUGGUGGCCACGUGUGCUGAAGCCACCGCGUUCCCCAGGGAGCUGCAGCGCCUGCGCAAGGACAUCGAGGCCGCCCUGAAGGGGACAAAUGAGGCGUCCCCCAACAUCCCCGAGGACUUGCUGGCCAAGGUGGCCCUGGCCGAGCAGCUGUUGGAGACCAACGCCCGCCUGGCCACCCGUCACCUGGUGGGGACACUUCCAAACACCAUCAAGUUCUAUUUUGAUGGGGAUCCUGCCAGUCCCAGUGGCUGUGAGGUGGCCGAGUGGUGCCAAAGAGCCAUCGAGGACAUUGUAAGACUCUGUCGAUCUGCAGAGCAUCCCCAAGGUGUCCCUAAGGUUUCCCCAGUGAGCAUGGAGCUCCAAGAGCUGUCCCCAGUGCUGCUGCAGCCACAGGUCACCGUGGUAGCCAUCCUGGGCGAGCUGCUGGCCACCCUGCCCAGUCGAGCUGAGAUGAAGCUCAUGUCCCCAAGGUGCCUGUACUGGGACCUGGUGGCCUUCACCGAGGAUCUCCGGGCCACCCUGUACCGCAUUGAUGACACCUGGUGGCACCGCAAUGUCACCUCUGAUGAUGAUGACCCUCCCCCCUCCCUGAGCCAGGCCCUGGCCACCUGCGAGAGCACCUCAUGGACCACCCAGAAGCGUGUGACAAUGGCGGCCAGAAAGUGGCAGGGGUUGGUGUCUGUGCUUGUGGACAGGUGGGCCCGGCUGGCCAGGAUGGCCAGCAAUCUCCACUACACCUGCAGGAAAGUGGUCACAGAGGCGGCUGACAUGGUGGUCAACGCCACCACCCAGGCCAGGGAGCUGCAGGACAUGGCUGCCCAUGAUGGGACAGCUCAGGAAAACAUGGUGGAGCUGGGCCAGGCCCUGGAUGGAGAGGAGGGGGCCGAGGUGGUGGCCGGGCAUGAAGCCCAGGUGAGGAGAGAUGCCAGUAUGGCUGCCAGUGAGGAAACAAGGGUCACCAAGGUGAGACAGUGGCUGGAGGUGGCCCUGGGGCUGCUGGAGCGCUUGGUGGUCGCGUGUGAGGAUGCCACGGCGUUGCCCCGGGAGCUGCAGUGGCGGCUCAGGGACACCCAGGCCGCCCUGAAGGGGACAAAUGAGGCGUCCCCCAAUGUCCCGGAGGACUUGGUGGCCAAGGUGGUGGAGGCCGAGCGGCUGUGGGAGGCCAACGCCCGCCUGGUCAAGGAUCACCUGGUGGGAACACUUCCAGACAACAUCAAGUUUUAUAUCGACGGUGGAACUGCCAGCCCCAGUGCCUGCGAGGUGGUUGAGCGCUGCCAAAGAGCCAUUGAGGAUAUUGCAAGUCUUGUUAGAUCGCUGCAUUGUCCCCAGAGUGUCCCCAAAGUGUCCCCAGGGAGCAUGGACCUCCAAGAGCUGUCCCCAGCCCUGCUGCAGUCACAGGACACUGUGGUGGCCAUCCUGGGUGAGCUGCUGGCCACCAUGCCCAGGCGGGACAAGAUGAACCUUGUGUCCGCAGUGAGACUCUACUGGGACCUGGUGGACUUCACACAGAACCUUUGGGUCACCCUGUACUGCACUGAUGACACCUGGUGGCACCGCAAGGUCACCUCCAAUGAUGAUGACCCUCUCAGCUCCCUGAGCCAGGGCCUGGCCACUUACAAGAGCACCCCAUGCACCACCUGGGACCAUGGGACAAUGGAGGCCAUCAUGUGGCAGGGGUCAUUGGCCGUGCUCGUGGGCAGCUGGGCUGAGCUGGCCCGGAAAGCCACCAAGCUCCACAACACCUGCAGGGAGGUGGUCAAUGAGGCAGCCACCAAGGCGGCAAACACCAUCUUCUGGGCAGGGGCCAAGCAGAACAUGGCUGCCCAUGAUGGGACGGCUCAGGAAAACACGGUGGAGCUGGGUCCGGACCUGGGCAGGGAGGAGGAGGAGGGGGACGAGGUGGUGGCCAGGCAUGAAGCCCAGCUGAGGAGAGAUGCCAGGGAGGCUGCCAGCGAGGCAACAAGGGCCACCAUGGUGAGACAAUGGGCAGAGGCAGCCCUGGGGCUGCUGGAGCGCUUGGUGGCCGCGUGUGACGAAGCCGCCACAUUCCCCCAGGAGCUGCAGCGCCUGCUCAGGGACACCAAGGCUGUCGUGAAGGGGACAAAUGAGGCAUUCCACAGUGUCCCCGAGGACUUGGUGGCCAAGGUGGCUGUGGCCAAGCGGCUGUGGGAGGCCAACGCCCGCCUGACAAAGGAUCGCCUGCUGGGGGCAGUUCCAGACACCAUCAAGUUCUUGUUCACUGGUGCUCCCGACAGCCCCAGUGGAGUGGCCGAGCGGUGCCAAAGAGCCAUCGAGGACAUCCCAAGGCUCCUUCAACCCCUGGAGCAUCCCCAAGGUGUCCCCAAGGUGUCACCAGAGAGCAUGGAGCCCCAAGAGCUGUCCCCGGUCCUGCUGCAACCACAGAUCAACGUGGUGGCCAUCCUGGGUGAGCUGCUGGCCACUGUGCCCACGCUGGACGAGGAGAUGGUGCUCAUGCCCCCAAGAUGCCUGUACCGGGGCCUGGAGGACUUCACCACGGAACUCUGGGAUGCCAUGAUGUACACUGAGAGCAUCUGGCGGCGCCACAAAAUAAGCCUGCAUCAUGAUGACCCUCUCACCUCCCUGAGCUGGGCCCUGGCCGCCUACAAGAGCACCCCAUGGACCACCUGGGACCAUGUGACAAUGGCGGUUAGCAAGUGGCACAGGUUGGUGGCCAAGCUCGUGGACAGCUGGGCCAAGCGGGCCAGGAUGGCCACCAAGCUCCGCAACACCUGGAGGGAGGUGGCCUCUGAGGUGGCCAACAUGGUGACCACCUUCACCAUCCUCGCCAGGGAGCUGCAGGACAAGGCUGCCUGUCAUGGGACAGCUCAGGAAAAGAUGGUGAAGCCGGGUCUGGGUCUGGGCAAGGGGGACGGGGCCAAAGUGGUGGCUGGGCAUGAAGCCCGGGUGAGGAGAGAUGCCUGCGUGGCUGCCAGCCAGGCAACCAGAGCAACCUGGAGAAGACAGCAUGUGGAGGCGGCCCUGGGGCUGCUGGAGCGAGGGGGGUGGAGGGGACGCUGGGGGUGGCAGGAGGGAAGAGGGAGUAGCCAAGGGAACAGGAGGGAGUGGAAGGAAGGGGGGAGGGGACAUGGUGGGGAGGGGAAAUGA